GCAUCUCAAAAGGAGUAUGUUGGUUUUACGCACAAACGAUACAGUGGUUGAAGAACUGAAAACAGCAGACACCUCAGUCUAUGAGACUCAUUCAUUUGGAAAUCUAAUGAGGACGAGAGUGUGACGGUGGCAAGUAACGAAAAUAUGGAGACAUCAGGCGAGGCACCUCUUUCAGUCACUGAGGUCCAGGACAACGGCAAGGAAGGAUUGCAAGUCAGCCUGCUUCAUUUGAACGAGAAGUCAUUUCUAUCAAGUCUUCACUCCUUCAUGAAGGAAAGGGGCACUCCCAUUGAAAGGAUCCCACAUUUGGGCUUCAAGCAGAUUGACCUUUGGAUGAUCUUCAAGGCAGUUGAAAAAUUGGGUGGAUACAAUUCAGUGACAACACGCCGCCUGUGGAAGAAAGUGUACGAUGAACUGGGAGGGAGUCCCGGAAGCACCAGUGCUGCAACUUGUACUCGCAGACACUACGAGAGGCUUGUGUUGCCCUACGAAAGACAUCUAAAAGGAGAAAAUGAUAAGCCUCUUCCUCUCAGCAAACCAAGGAAGCCUUAUAAGCGCACUUCAGAGGGGAAGAUGAACAAGGCGGAGUGGAAAGGGAAAAGGAGCAAGUCGGAGAAAGAUUCGGAGAGGCUGCUUUCAGGGGCUGAUAUUCAGAUUGAAGCAGCGAUGCUUCCUGGUUCCGCUCUCUGGUCUAGUACCACUGACAGGCAGCAGCCACAGGGGCCAACGGCUCCUGACCUAUAUGCAUAUUCUCACAUGCUGCAUAGCCCGGCAGUAACGCCUUGGCCAGUGAAAAUCUCCUCAGCUGUCGGAGAGGUCAUCUCUCCUCUGGAGAAAAAGAAGCGCGUCGCACAGGCGAGCCUCCGCGGUAGCUCUCAAGUUAAGGAGAGAGACAGGCCUUCUGUUAUUCGCCGCUCCGUCUCUCCGGCUUCCGGCAGCCACAAAUGCGACUCUUCUGAAAGCUCGCCUCGCCCUCUCUCUUCCUGCUCCAUCUCCUCCAGGAGCGCAUCCCCGGCCUCCAUCUCAUCAGAGGACGACAAUAACUCAGAACUGAACUCAGACUUAACGACCAACUGUUUCAACCAAAAUGGUAACACACCAAUGAGGGAAAUUUCAAAAGAACAAGCCGUGGAGUACAAAAACAGAGAUCAAGUCAACCUCUUAGAUGCUAAUAGGAAGCCCAAAGUUGCAUGCAAAGACCUCACACAUCCUGUUCAUUCUUCUACCAAAUUUAAAUCUGACUGUGUCCCAACAUCUUCCUCUGGUUUCGUCAAAGUUCCUACAAAAUCUGCACAGCUUUUGCGGCCCGCUCCAAUCCGGCCAGGUCACAGGAUCCAAUAUUUGACGCAUAACAGCAAAUCUUUCAAAGAUCCCCCUUCGCACCCAUCACCUUGGGAAACAUUAAGGUCCCUGCCAGCAAAGUUUCCUCCCACCCAGCAGAGGCCAAGCCACGAGCAAUCGUAUAACCUUUCAGGUAGAGACUCUCAUCUACGGAGCAUGUCGCAGCAACAGGUGCUCCUCCCCAGAAUGAGAAUACCACAAUCUCAGCUAACGUAUCACCAUUUUCCUUUCAGUACAGUUCACUCUGCGCUUGUCUACCCAAACCCUUACUCCGUCCCUAUGUGGGGUCCUGCAUACACAAUCCCCACUGUAAGCACGUUUUAUACUCCAGACAAACUGUGAUUUCUCAAAUGUAUCUCUAGUUGUCUGCAAUCUACGUUUAUAGAUUUUAUUACCUUUUUAUGAACUGCAAAACCGUUCGACAUUGUAAUAUUACAAAAAAUAAUGAAUCUUUGUUCAUCUAUCUAUGGCGGCCAUGUAUAGUGACAGAUACAAAAAAUAAGUCUUUCAGUGCCAUUGAUGAUCAUAGUGGUCCAAUCAUGUAUCAAUUUUGAAUCCUUCUGCUGUGAAUUAAAAUGAGAUUGUCACUAGUAGACGUUCAAUCCAUUUGAAGUGGGAGGGCUCACAGCAAAUGAACAUUCUCGAAUGGAGUGGCAUCUGUCGCUGUGACUGGCAGUCGAUGAGUUAAAUGCCCUUCCAACAGAUGGCAGAAGGGACAAUUAAACCAUGUAUCCACCUGAUGCAAUCCAUACGUCAUAAUAGUUUUGCCACUAUAAAGUAUAUGGCGGAAAACACUCAAGUGACUUGAAGUUUCUCUCUGAGACCCCCAAUUUGGCCAAAUUUCAAAAUUGUCCGAUAUGCAUGUGUGAUACAUCAUUGGAAAGCUUAAAAUCUCAAUUUUCUGGGGGAAGAAAUUUUUUGAACAGGAGAGCAUUUAAAAAAAAAAAAUUAAACCGCAAAACCCUAUCUGAAGGUGAGAGCACGCGAGAGCAGAAUUACAGACACCGUGACUUUAACGUGAUAUUAUCGCGUACUUACCUUGUUUUGAGCCAAAAACUCCAUGUAGUAUGUAUCACCGAGUGUCAAGACAUAGCUGUGAAUGGCCAGAGCCGUUUUUUGGGGGAAUUUUAUGGGUGAAACAUGGUAAUAUAACAAGGGUCUCGAUGCAGAAAUCACAGACAUCAAGGAGUGGUCGAGAUUUUCUUUUUCAUAUAUUUACCCUUUUAAACAUGUUUUUUUUUUUUUUUCAUUUUUAAUUUGUUUGGAUCGAUUAUUUAGCAUCUAAAAUAUCGGGGAAAAUGCGACAGUAACAAAAAAAAUACCAUCAAGCGAUAGUUAUGAGGUAGAUAUCCUUGACUUAUUUACAGACACCAUUUUUUUCAUUGUGACGUAAUUUGUUUAAAAGUUUAAAAUAUGCGACUGAAUAAUUUUUUAAAGUUUUUUUUUUUUUUUUUUAACUAAAUAUUAGGCAUCAAUUAAUGAUUCCAAGCUAAAAAUGAAAGACAUUUUGAAUAAUAACUAUAAUUAAUUACCUUCUUUUUAUGGCUGGGUUGAAACAAAAGCGGUUGUGCUACGUCUGUAAACGGGGGUUUCUUGGGUAAAACGAACAAAUUAAAAAGAAGAAAAAUAAAAAUAAAAAAAGAAUAUGCUAUGGCAGCAUAUAGACAUAUUGUUCUGUCAAACACAACAGUUAUUUUGGCUUAAAAUACAGCAGUUUAUUUUAAAGAGGGGUGCAAGAGCAGAAACUGCUUUUUCAGCCUUGUCUGUGUUUUCCGCCAUAUACUUUCUGUGACAUUUUUGUUGGCAGUGGACCAUGAUAUAUUUAUCGUGAAAAUGUAUGUCUUGGCUCAAUAAUGGCAGGUGUCACAUUUGUAAAACAAAAAUAAAUUGUUCCACCUAUCAUUCACACACUUUUUCCUGAUUUUCGUCACAGCCUGAAGCAUAUCACAUUUGCUUUUGAGUGAGAAGCAGGCAGGCUGGUUGCAUUUUGUAGACAAUCAACCAAUCACUCAUGCUUGCAUUCACAACUGAAUCUGUUCUAGAGUCCUUUACUUAACUAAAAUACAGUGGGGCAAAUAAGUAUUUAGUCAACCACUAAUUGAGCAAGUUCUCCCACUUGAAAAUAUUAGAGCGGCCUGUAAUUGUCAACAUGGGUAAACCUCAACCAUGAGAGACAGAAUGUGGAAAAAAAAAACAAAAUCACAUUGUUUGAUU